UUGAACAGCGUGUGUUCACAUUGCCGCUUGUACUAGUAAUGUACCGCAUCCAUACAAGAGGAGAAGGCAGAUAACACCUGUGUUGUCCGAUAGGUCCAUCCUUAACGCCAUGACGGACGCGGUGUUCCAGGCGCCCAAACGGCGGGCCAGAGUGUAUGAGGCGUAUGACGCCCCGUUCCCGGUCCCUCUGGCUGCGGAGGAAGCGAGGCUGCAGCAGACCCUAAUCUACAGAGCAGAGAUGGUCAACCAGCAUGUGAUAGUCAGGGACCCUGAACACAUACAGGCUCUCUACGGCAAGGGUUACUUUGGUAAAGGCAUCUUAUCAAGAAGCAGACCAGACCACAGUAUCUCACACCAAUGGGAAAAGUUUGGUGAGAGAGUUCUGCCUGUCAUCUCCCUGAUCAAGUACCAGAAGCAUUUGAGCUGGGCACGGGACGUACUCCUAGCUCAGGGAUUGGAGGAGGAUGUUGUCAAUCAGAUGCUGCAGAGACUUUGUCAGCCAAUGGAGCCAGAGCUCAGAGAGGAAAAUGGACAUGAUGACAGAAGAGAGGAAACCGGGUCAGGGGCAGGUAAACUCCAGGACAUGGCCUCAGAGCAGGCAGGGACAGGGGAACAGCAGGUCCAGGCCUUAGCCUCCUGCAGCCCAGACGAUCAGGGGGAGCAGGACAGUGAGUGUCCCCAGGCUAAGAGGCCUAGGAGGCAGGGAGACGGUCGGUUCGACCCCCUGGCUGAGCUGUACCCCCAGGAGCCCCAGCAGAUAGACCAGGCGGCCCUGGAUACGGUCCGGUGCUCCAAGCAUGAUGACUGGCUGGUUGACUGUGGCUGUCGCCUGGAGGACAGCGUGCUGGAGACCCUUACCCUGCAGGGAGACAGACAGGCAGAGGCAGACCGUGGGUAUGAGUAUGUACUGGUGAUGGAGGAGGAGGAAGAGGAAGAGGAGAACAGUGUUGUCAAGCAGGGUAGACCAGGGCCAGGGAUGACGGUGAGGAGAGUGUGUAGAGUCAACCCCUUCAGACUGCUAGAGUACCUACAACUGACUCUGGAGGAGGCUUUCUUCUUGGUCUAUGCAUUAGGAUGCCUUUCAGUUUACUACAAUGAGGAGCCGUUGUCUGUGCUCCAGCUGUGGGAGAUGUUCCGGUCGGUCCAGCCCCACUUUGAGACUUCAUACAUGGCCUACCAUUACUUCCGCAGCAGGGGGUGGGUGCCCAAGCCUGGGGUGAAGUACGGGACUGACCUCAUGCUUUACCGAAAAGGACCACCUUUCUACCAUUCAAGUUACUCUGUGGUGGUUGAGAAGGUACACCAGCCGUGCAGAGGAGGGGCUCUACGUCCGUUCAGCUGGAGGUCUCUGGCUGCUCUCAGCAGGAUUACCGGCAACGUUUCCAAGGACUUGAUGCUGUGCUACAUCAUCUACCCAUCUCACCUGACAGAGGAACAUCUCUCCUCUCCAGACUGUCUCUGCAGGGUCACAGUUCAGGAGAUUAUUUUAAGCAGAUGGAUAUCAUCACGAGAACGGACAGAGACGGACGACAUAUGACAUGACAUCUUAACUUUUUUGUCUGCUGUGUACAUAGUGUCUUCAGAAAGUAUUCACACCCCUUGACAUUUUCCACAUUUUGUUACGUUACAGCCUGAAUUUAAAAUG